AUGUCUGAACAAAGACAACGUUCUUUGUCAACUUCAGGAGAGGCCUUGUAUCUGGUUCUUGGUUUAGAGAAAGGAGCAACUCAUGAUGAUAUCAAGAAAUCUUACAGGAAACUGGCUUUGAAGCAUCAUCCGGACAAAAAUCCAGACAAUCCUGAAGCAGCGGACACAUUCAAGGAGAUCAAUAAUGCUCAUUCUAUACUGUCUGACAUAUCCAAGAGAAAUAUCUAUGACAAGUAUGGCUCCCUGGGCUUGUAUGUUGCAGAACAGUUUGGAGAAGAGAAUGUCAAUGCAUAUUUCAUGUUAUCUAGUUGGUGGGCAAAGGGAUUGUUUGCGAUAUGUGGACUUCUGACUGGUUGCUACUUCUGCUGCUGCCUUUGCUGUUGCUGUAAUUGUUGUUUUGGAAAAUGCAGACCAAAACCAUCAGCUGGAGAAGAUUAUGAGCACUAUGUGUCGCCGGAAGACCUUGAGGAACAGAUCAGAACAGACAUGGAAUCAGAUGGAUAUACUCCAAUUGUGAUGCAGCCAACAAACGCUAGCGAGAAAACGCAGCUGAUUGGGGACAGUCGUCGCACUUACCAAACAGACUCAUAA